UUAUUGGAUUUCAUUAUCUUGGACCUCAUGCUGGAGAAGUUACUUAAUGAUAUGCAGUUGCUAUGAAAAUGGGAGUAACUAAGGAAUAAUUUGAUUCUACAAUAGGUAUUCAUCCAACUUGUUCUGAAGUAUAAAAUUUUUAUAAUUUAAGGAUCUAGUAUAAGUGACAGCAGUUAAAGGAAUAGAUGAUGCUUAAAAAGAAGGUUGCUGAGGUUGAAUCCCCUAAACUAUUUUUCUAGGGGAUGUUUCAUAAAAACUCCUCCUAACUAGUAAUAAAAAUAUUCUGAGGCUAAUUUUAAGGAAGAAAG